AUGGGAGCUCGAACCGCUUCGGCCACCGGGCUGAUCCUCUCACGACCGACCUCUACCUCCAUCUGCUCCCAAUGCCUCCGCGAUGACCUCCGUUUGACGCAUAUUGCCCUUCAAACUCGCAAAUACCAUCCCACACGUCGGAGGGAUGCCUCACCCUUCGGAGCCGCCGUGUCGGCGGCCCAGGCCAUCUUCAAGGGUAUGCCCAAGGCGCCUCCAGGUGUCUCGGUGGAUCCAUUGAGAAUGGUGGGAAAAGAGCUCAAGUUCCUCUCCAAGAACAUCCGUCAAUUGCUCGGCUCUGGUCACCCGGCGCUCGACAAGGUCGCCAAAUACUACACUCACAGCGAAGGCAAGCACAUGCGACCCAUGCUGGUCCUCCUCAUGUCCCAGGCCACAGCUCUGGACCCGCGCAAGCAUCACACCUACUCUGAUAAACCGAGUCCCGUCGAUUCCUCCUUUAGCGCGCCGUCAAUUCUCGAAGACGCCAACCCCGAAAUGAACCCGCUCGUGUCCCACAAGGCCGAGAGCGAAUACAACAUUGCUGGAGACGACAACAUCCUGCCGUCCCAACGCCGACUCGCCGAAAUCACCGAGUUGAUUCACACCGCAUCGCUUCUGCACGACGAUGUCAUCGAUAACGCAGUGACGCGCCGCGCCAACAGCUCCGCAAACUUGGCAUUUGGAAACAAGAUGGCAGUUCUGGCUGGUGAUUUCUUGCUCGGACGCGCCUCGGUGGCUCUGGCUCGCUUGCGCGAUCCCGAGGUUACGGAGCUCAUGGCUACUGUGAUCGCCAACUUGGUGGAAGGCGAGUUCAUGCAGCUGAAGAACACCGCACAGGACGAAAAGAAGCCUGUGUACACCGAUGAUACCCUCAACUACUACCUUCAGAAGACCUACUUGAAGACCGCCAGUUUGAUCAGCAAGUCUUGCCGCUCCGCUGCGGUUCUGGGCCGCAGCGCGCCGGAGGUGAUUGAAGCUUCAUAUGCUUACGGUCGUAACCUGGGUCUUGCUUUCCAGCUCGUGGAUGAUAUGUUGGAUUACACCGUUACCGAGGCGGAGAUGGGCAAGCCUGUUGGUGCGGACUUGGAACUGGGUCUGGCGACCGCGCCGCUGCUUUUCGCUUGGAAGAGCAACCCGGAGCUUGGUCCUCUGGUUGGACGUAAGUUCAACCAAGAGGGCGAUGUGCAACGGGCCCGUGAACUCGUCCACCAGAGCAACGGCGUUGAGCAGACUCGUGCCUUGGCUCAGGAUUACGCUGACAAGGCCAUUGCUGCCAUCAGUGAUUUCCCUGACAGCGAGGCCAAGACCGGCCUCAUUGAGAUGUGUGAGAAGACAAUGAAGCGGAGGAAGUAA